AUGUGUGGUCCAGAGUGUACCUACUUUGGUGUUAAUUUACAAAGACAGAAAUGUCGACUUUACACCGGAUGUCAUUCAACUAAUUCAGCAGUACCGGAAGUAGGAUGGAGAUACUAUUUUCCGGACUCGGAAGGAAAUGACAUCAUUCAUCAAUUAACCAAGAAUAGACCGGCUCUCUAUGUGUCCAUUACUUUGACCAAUGGAACUACUCUAUAUCAACAGUACGGGGAAUUCUCUGUAAAUAAUGAGACGGACAACUACAGACUUUACCUUGCUGGACCGACCGAAGGGACAUUAGGAGACAGCAUGAGAAGCGACCACGAUCUGUCUGGGAUGUCCUUCUCCACCCCGGACAGGGAUAAUGACAGAAAUAAUAUUAACUGUGCUGCUCUCAGUGACCGUAGAGGAGGCUGGUGGUUUAACGCCUGUCACUGGGCCUUCCUUAACGGUCCCUGGUCACCGGAGUACUGGUCCGCUCCAUGGUCUCCUACAGUCAGGGAUGGUGAAGAGAUUAAAGAGACUCUUAUGAUGAUUAAAGCUCACUAG